AUGUCAGGACUGAGACCUUGUUCUCGACCCAACCUUUUGACUCGUAUAUCUUACAAACUUUAUUAUGUACCUCAACGCUAUGCUCAAACAGCAUCAAUAGAUUCCAAUCCAGAUUCGUCCUCCUCCUCGUCUUCAACACCAUACUCAUACUCCCGACGUCAAGUGGACAACUCUUCAGAUCCACGGAAAGGUAAAGGUAAAAGUAAAUCAAAUCCUCUAGCGGAAACUUAUCGAUUUCCCGAAAAAGGUAGACUGGGUGGAUUGCCUGAUCCAUAUGAGGUAAUGGCUCUAGAGAGGGGAGCCACUGAAUCAGAGGUUAAGAAGCAGUACUACAAAUUAGCCUUACUAUUACAUCCUGAUUCAUCGCAUCCUUCUUCGUCGCACGAUCAUUUCGCAAUUCUCAAUCGAGCUUAUACGUUAUUAUCAACCCCUUCAUCCCGAAACUCAUACUUGAAAACCGGUUAUGGAUGGAACCUACCUUCUCAAACGCCUAAUAGGCCACCAGGGGAUUAUGGUAUGCACGAUGAGAUAAUGAGACGUGCAAGAGGAGGAACAUCGAAUUGGGAAAAAAGGAAAUAUAGAGAUUCAGAUGCUGGAAAGGGUGCUUGGGGUGGAUUUGAUGGAACUCAAGGUUGGAAACCUUAUCAUGAUCAUAAUAUGGGUUUCAACACAAACGUCAAUGGAACUGGAGAAGCUCGAUAUAUGAGUAACCCUAGAUUCUUAUUUGUUUUGGGUAUCGUAGGCUCAUCAAUAGCUUGGAUGCAAUAUCAUCGUCUAGGAUCAGCGACUGAAACUCAUCGCGACUUACUGAACAGGCAGACUGCAGAUGCAUCUCACGCAUUGGCUCAGGCAAGAUACGAAGCUGCUAUACAUGGGAAAACUCGUCGAGAACAGAUACGCCGUAGAGUAAGAGAAGCUGAAAUAAUGAAAGAAUUGGAAAAGGUCGAAAGCGGUGAAAUUAACCACCACCUACCAGCUAUUGAAGGUCCAAGAUGA